UGGUUAUUUUCUCCUACCGACAAAUCAAUUCUCCACUAGUUUUGACCUGUUCCUGAAUCCGACAGCUGAUUUUCGUCGACGACAAUUGUCCGGCCGGUUACAGUUCACUAGGAGAGUAGCCCUGAUUUUAAAAUUUUUUCAAAAAGUUAUAUAAGAAAUUCCUGAUUCAUUCUGCACAUCGGUAAAUCGAAAACUAUUUAAUAUUUGGCAAAAAGCUUCUUUCUUGUCUUUUAGCUCCCCCUCUUCUUGCUCUAUAAUCUAUUCGUUAUUGAAUGAGAAAGAGAGGAAAGAAACAACCCUCAAUUCCAUCAAAGCCAGAAAGCAGAGUCAGAGGCUCUCGCCUAUAGGCCCUAACCUUCCUUCUCUCUUCCACAUUAACCCGUUUUCGACCGAUCGAAGCCCUAAUUUUGUCUUUCCGAAUUCCCAUUUCUACACGCUCAUCGGUCGGGAAGGGUGAUUUCUUAUCGAGUGUAGUAACCGAUUUUGAAGAAGCGGAAAAGAGUGGAAAUGCCAAUAAUUCCUUCAACUCAAACCUCUUUCUUCUUGGACCUAAGGUUUAGGGUUCGCUUGAUGACGACGACGAUGAUUUGAAUUUGGAGGUCCUCAACGGAGUUACGUUUUCGAAGGACUAGGGUUAGGGAAUUGGGGCGAAUGGAGGCUUCCGGAAGCAAUCUCGACACGCCGUACAGGAGAAGAUACGGGUUUCUGUCUGCUUCCAGUAUCAUUCAGGCACCACUCUCGGCGUUGUUGGAGUACAUGGGGCUUGUUCGUGGCAGCAGUACCAGGUCUAAUUACCAAGAGACCGAGGGUUUGAUUCAUGGGCGUGUCUCUUCCCUUCAUGCUCAGCUGGACCAACCUACGUCGACGAGUGCCACAAACCACGGGGAGGUCUCCAUUAGGAUAAUCGGCACAGGGGAGCACGAGCAUGAUGAUAGGGAAGCCACUGCCGCUGCCCCUGGAUUGGUUGUUGGGCAGCAGCAGGGUGGAGAGGUAGCUGCUCCUAACGAGAUGGCGAUGGCCGGCCUGGCGUCAGAGACUCAGGAAGCAGAUUCUAGGAUUGACCGUGAUGGCAUGGCAGAGGGAAUUUCCCAAUCCGUAAAUGGAACUACUGACGGAGAAGCUGUGGAUGCAAGCGCGGCUAAUGGGAGGGAUUCCUCUUAUCAGAGAUAUGAUAUUCAGCAGGCCGCUAGGUGGAUUGAGCAAGUCCUCCCCUUCUCCUUGCUUCUGUUGGUGGUCUUUAUUCGGCAGCAUUUGCAAGGUUUCUUUGUUACUAUUUGGAUUGCUGCUGUCAUGUUCAAGUCAAAUGAUAUUCUACGGAAACAGACAGCUCUCAAGGGGGAGAGGAAAACAUCUGUUCUGGUUGGUAUUUCUCUUGCAUUCGCAGUUCAUGUGGUUGGCCUUUACUGGUGGUAUCAAAAUGAUGAUCUUUUGUAUCCAUUAGUGAUGCUUCCUCCAAAAGCUAUACCAGCUUUUUGGCAUGCUAUUUUCAUCAUCAUGGUGAAUGAUGCUUUGGUUCGGCAAGCGGCAAUGGCCUUAAAGUGUUUUCUGUUGAUGCAUUACAAGAACAGCCGAGGCCGAAAUUAUCGUAAGCAGGGUCAAAUGCUUACUUUGGUUGAGUAUUUGCUGCUGCUGUACCGUGCCUUACUGCCAACGCCUGUGUGGUAUCGCUUCUUCUUGAACAAAGAAUAUGGAAGCCUCUUUUCAUCACUGAUGACAGGGUUGUAUCUUACUUUCAAGCUCACAUCCAUUGUGGAGAAGGUUCAGUCUUUCUUUGCUGCAGUAAAGGCAUUAUCACGUAAAGAGGUGCAUUAUGGGGCCCAUGCAACAUCGGAGCAGGUUAAUGCAGCAGGCGACAUGUGUGCUAUUUGCCAGGAGAAGAUGGAUGCUCCUAUCCUUCUUCGUUGUAAACACAUAUUUUGUGAAGACUGUGUAUCGGAAUGGUUUGAGAGGGAACGGACAUGCCCGUUGUGCAGGGCUUUGGUCAAACCUGCUGAUCUCAGAUCCUUUGGUGAUGGAUCAACUAGUCUUUUCUUCCAGUUGUUCUAAAUUCUUUUGCUGUAAAACAGGGAGUAUUUCUGCUUUGAAGCCCCGAAUCCUUAUUCAAAGCAACGUUCUCCCAAUAUCUUCAUCUACGUGGGUAAUGGGACUAUAAUUUUGCUCUGGGUUGCACUGGAAAGUUGAUUGACGUGUUUGGCUAGUAUUGAAUGGCAAUAUGUUCAUAUGUAUUGAGAAAGGCUGAAAUGUUGUAAUUCACCCCCCCCCCCCC